ACGGGCAAGUUUUCCAUGACGUAAUCUGAAAAUACAUCAAUUCCGAAGGGAAAGUUUCGACAUUUAUCUGAGAAAAUUCACAAUAAAAAUGUCUAUUAACAAAAUCGAGUGCAGUGGAGGACGGCUAACACUACAUGGAGACUACGUCGUGUACCACCAAGAUGAUGUUCAAUUCGAACUGGAAGGGGAUGGAGUACCCGGUUUUCUUAAAGGAUCAAGGAAAGGAAACAUCUUUAUAUCUACAAAUAGGGUAAUCUUCGCUCUUAACUCCAAUUGUAAUGUGGGGUCGUUUUCAAUGAAUUUCCAGAGCAUUCGCGGAGUUGAGGUUAAACAGCCUAUUUUUGGAGCUAAUUACAUCAAAGGAGAUGUCAUUUCAGAACCAGAAGGUGGCUGGCAGGGAAGGGGCUCAUUCAGAAUCAUGUUUAACAGUGGAGGAGCAAUAGAAUUUGCAGAGCACUUCAGACAAGCCGUGCAAACAGCUCGACGACCCAAUCAAGUCCCACCUAUGGCACCUGCAGGGCAACAAGCAGCAUUUGCAGUCUACAACAACCCAUACCCUCCCCCGCCCCCUCAGCCAGGCUACUACUAUGGUCCUCCCCCUCAGGGAUUCUACCCACAAUACACUCCUGGAAUGCAAAUGGGUCAGCCCCCACCAUACAACCCACCAGAAAAUCCUCCCCCAUACCCAGGAACUGCAGCACCCUCUGCCCCGCCCAGUAGUGCAUAUGGUGGUCCACAACCAGACGGAGCCAAAGCUAGAGAGGCUUACAGCUCGGGACAGAACGUCUAUGUGCCUGCAAGCCAGUACCCACCCUAUGCGCCACCACCUCCCUACACGCCUGACAAGAAGAAUGACUGAAUGAAGAAACAAGAAAUAUAACCAGUGUACAUAGCGCAAAUCCCUUUGAGAUGCAGUUCCCACUGCAGUAUCUAAAACCUAAACAGCCAAUGGAUGCUAUCACUGCUAGACAAAGGUGAUGAUGUUGAAGUGCCAAAAAGUUUGCAAAGUGCCAUGAGGAGUGGCUUGAGGAAAGAUGAGAAUUCUCUAUCCCAGAUUAUUAAGAGUACACUCAGAAUGUAACAAGCCUUUGAUAGAAAAUACCCAACCUUACCAGGCACAAAUCAAAAACAGAUCUAAGACACUUUUCUUCAAGAUAUAGAUAAUUAUUUUUUAAAUACCAACAAAAUGACAAUAGAUCUGCCACAAAAACCCUUGUUUUCUGCACUGGAUUGGAAAUGCUGAUUCUACAUUCUGGACCCGCCCAAGAAAGCUGUACUCUUUGUAAGUCCAUCCAUUACUCUAGUUCUUCAGGAAGUGUCUGUGAUUUUGAAGGAAAAAGACACAGAGUAAGAAGACUGAUAUUCACACCAACAAAAUGACAAUAGAUCUGCCACAAAAACCCUUGUUUUCUGCACUGGAUUGGAAAUGCUGAUUCUACAUUCUGGACCCGCCCAAGAAAGCUGUACUCUUUGUAAGUCCAUCCAUUACUCUAGUUCUUCAGGAAGUGUCUGUGAUUUUGAAGGAAAAAGACACAGAGUAAGAAGACUGAUAUUCACACUUGUGGGUAGUUGAAGUCUAUCAGGAAGUAGGGACAAUUCAAACAAUUAUUUGAGUGAUAGGGCUUGGCACUGCAGUGCUUGUGGUGGGACAGUCCCAAUAGUUCCAGCUGCAAAUCUGUGAUAAAGUAAUGCUUGCUUUUUUUCCAUUACUUGCAUUGGCCUUACUCCUUUAUUACAACUCCUGGAUCCGCCCCUGAUUUGCCUUGUAUCAGAAUGAGAAGCAGCCCUUACAUAGAAGUAAACAAACAGGGGCAGAUCCAGGAUUUCAAAAUGGGGGGUGGAUAAUGGCCGAAUAGAUGCCAUAUUACUGAUCUAGUGGUUCUUGAUAGGCCACAUAGAUCUCAGAUCUUUCACUUAAAACGUGGGGGUGGAUAUCCACAUAAUCCCCCCCCCCCCUGUAUCCGCCCCCGACAAAAUAAAAUUAAUUCUGUUCUAUAUACGAUACAUAAGAUUAUUAUUUGCAACUAUUUUCGGAAAAAGAGUGAAAGUAUAAAACAAAGAAAUAAGUAAUACAAUCUUAUCUUAUUGAUGUCCAAGUGCUGCUCAUUUAUGGCUGUUGUAUUUGCCAAUUAUGCAAUACCAUUAUGCAUUAUUUUAUCAUGAUGUAUUUGCUCUUUUUAUAUAAAACAAUAUUGGCAAUAAAAGCUAAAAUAUAAAA